CUUGAAAUCUCUGUCUCAUGCAUCAAACCAACCUCGUGUCUUCUAUAUCUUUGUGUUCUCCAACAUGUACUUGCCAUUUUCAUAUUUCUCACCCGAUUAGAAUCUUUUUUUCUUGGCUCUCUCUUUUACACUCUGAAUUCAGAAUAGACAUUAUCAUGAAGAGAAACUGCUAUUUGAAUCUUCGAUCAAAUCCUUCAUCCCGUGAAUCAAUGAAUGAGGCGUUGAACGUAAACCAGCAAAUGGUUGCCAUUCCUCAUAGUAGACGCCACAUGUUGGAUGUUACAGAACUUCAGGCUAGAGUGAUAAUAUGGUUGGGAAGUCAAGAAAUGGAAGCAAGGAAGGGUAACAAAGGACCAGCUUCAAUACCAUUGUUUCCAUUGCAACCUCAAGCACUAUUAAUGCAAGGCUUUUGCAUAAAGAGAUCACUUCACAAUUUCCUUCAGAAGAGAAAGAAAAGGUCUAAAAGUCACGUCUAGCUCCAUUGCAACUUACUAUAGCAAAAACUAGUCAAAUUAUGUACUACCAAAUUUUACCCUUUGCGGGGACCAAUAGUGUAUUUUCACUUGAUACACCACUUUCUUCAGUGGUCUAGUGAUAAGGCACAUUUUUAUCAAUGAAGAAUGGCUCUUCCAGUUCA